UCCUGUCUUGCGUACAUUUGGCCACGUCAGUGUUAUUGAAUUAACUGUGUCACUGUGAGAGACCAGAUUUAAUCAAAUUUCAGAUAAAAGUAGCAUCAAAUAAGCACAUACACAACAUGGUGUUGAUGACACUAAUCGCACGUCUAGUGGACGGGCUACCUUUAGCGGCGUCAAUGCAAGAAGACGAACAGUCUGGUCGAGGGUUGAUGGAGUAUCAAAAUAAAGCCAAACAGUUGUUUAAGAAACUCAACGAACAAUCCCCAGUCAGAUGUAGCUUGGAGGCUGGUGCUUAUGUUUUCCACUACCUGAUUGAGAGAGGGGUGUGUUACCUUGUCCUGUGUGAACAAUCAUUUUCCAAAAGACUAGCAUACACAUACCUAGAAGAUUUACAAACAGAAUUUAAUAUGCAAUAUGGGACAAAAAUACAAACAGUAUCCAGGCCAUACAGUUUUAUUGAAUUUGAUACAUAUAUUCAAAAGGCCAAAAAAUCAUACAUGGACUCCAGAGCUAGAAGAAACCUUGGACAUAUCAACACAGAACUACAAGAUGUCCAAAGAAUCAUGGUGCAAAACAUUGAUGAUGUAUUACAGAGAGGGGAAGCAUUAUCAGCAUUGGACACAAAAGCAGCCAAUCUUUCCACACUGUCACAAAAGUACAAGAAAGACGCCCACUACUUGAACCUCAAGUCCUCAUAUGCCAAGAUAGGAGCAGUUAUCGUUAUUGUCAUAAUAAUCCUGCUCAUUCUUAGAUACUGGGUAUUCUAGAACUGAUCUUCGGGUAUAGACAUGAUGUUCAAAUUCUUUCAAGAGCAUGCUGCAAAUAGAUUGUGGACAAUGGGGGCUUGCGUAUUGGUCAAAAUUCACAGUAAGUCAUCUGAUGACCAAGACUUUUCCAUUUGGUAAAAAAAAAAUGCAUUUCUUCGAGUUUUUGAUGCUUACAGGUGACAAUAAAUCUGGCGUUGGAUGGUCACCCCUUGGUGAGAUUACCAAGACCCAGGCAUUUGUGUCCAAGUGUUUGUCAUUAUUGCUACUUAUAUAGAAUGCUCUACAUGUAAAGCAUUUGGCUAGUGCAGUUAAAAUAAGCGUGCAUUUCCAUGGAGCUUCAUGUUUUCACAUUGCAUCUUCACAUUUCCAAUAUGUUUUCCCAUUCUUGAAUAGUUCAGUGAUGCAAUGUAUUGACCCAUUCAAGUAUUUGUAGUUUCAUAUCACACAUUUCAGUGAUAUUUGUCCAUUCCAAGCUAAGAUGUGUUAAUAUUGAUGAUGUCUGUAACUAGUAGCGUGUAUGAAACAAUUUCAGUAUCUUUUAUUUGUUUACAUUGUCACGUUCUGUAGCAGUGUUGCUGAAAUCAGAUGUCCAUCCCACCUUUAAGUUAUGGAUAAAAUAAGCCCAUUAAGAUACGAGAUUGUGGUUUAUAAAAGUGGGCAACUGCUAAGAUUUAUUGUUUAUUAGAACACAUAGGGUCUCAAAAGUCAAGAAAUUUCCUUGUGCCAGAAAAUGCAGUCUAGAAGUAAAGCCUGUGCAGUUAAAAAGCUAUGUGGACCCAAGCAUUGCAAAAUUGUAAAGAUUGCAAGCCAAUUUUUUUGUAUAUAUGUACAAAAUAAAAUAUUACAAG